UCCUUUAGCAUUUUUAUUACCUCCUUUUAGAACUCAGGAUCUGGUAGACUGGUUAGAUCUGCUUCAUUAUUCAUUCAAGAAUAUUAUUCAAGAAAUCAGGAGAUUUUUUUUUAAAUUAGGAGUAGUUCCUUUGGCUUUUUUGUUUUACCUAACUCUCUGUCUCUGAAUUUAGAAGAAACAGUUAUCUACUGUGAUCUUAAAGGGGUAUUUUUAUGUGGGAACAUCCCUGUGUAGAAUGUGUGAAUCCAAUGUUUUUGGUGCGAGGGCUACUUUUGUAGCCAUGGAUGGAACCCAUUGAACCAAGGAUGGAAGCCAUAUCUUUCUUCAGAGUGUGCUGGUCAUUAUGCCCUUGGUAGAGGUGUGGUUGGGUUGUGAUCAGAGCCUGCUCUGGACGUGGGACAGGGCCUCCUCUUUGCUCCAUGGCUGUUACCACCCUGUUGGGGGUGGGGUCUGGUGCCCACUUGUUGGAGUAGAGGCCUUGAGGGCCAGGUUCACUCAGGCUCCAUUGCCCUUGAGUAUGUAACCUGUCCCAAAGGAGGUGACUCCUGAAGUAAGUGAGGCUCGUAUGGCCACAGCGAACAUAUGCCUCACCUGUGUAGGUGUCUGCAGUUCCACCCAGAAGCAGCUCCAGGUCACAUCCCUUUCCCUGUUGUAUUAAUCCUAGACCUAGUGUUAGGCUGUGGUGCUAUGGCUGCAGGAAUGGAGGUGGCUGUGCUGCCUCUGGGAACCUGGACUACCUCUGUGUCAGACCUCUUCCAGGACCUGUCUGCUCAGUUUGGGCACCAAGCUGCAGUGUGGAGUAGGCAGAAUUGUGUGCUGGGAAGGAACCACUGCAUACUCCUGUCCAGAGGCUAUCUGCCCCAGGAUCCGCAUCCAGCCACUGCAUGUUUCUGUGGUGUUGGCUGGUGUGUGCCCUGACAGUGGGCUCUGUAGGUGCCCUGGUCUGCUUGGACAGAUAGACCAAGUCUCUGCUCUGAUCUCAUGCCAAGCUAUGGUAUGGAGCAGGUUGCAGUGGGGAAUACAUCUGUUUGGACUGGGAAGUAUGGUGAGGUGGCAGCCACCAGCACGGGUCUCUCUCUGCUGAUUCUUAGUAAGCCAUGCUCCUCGAGAGAAGAUUCUAGCCCCUUUGUUUAUCCAGAUGGAUUUCUGAGCAGGCAGGAGGUCUCCCCAGGGUGAGGGUCUUCCUUACAGAUUCCUCCCAGGGGUACCAGUGCCGUCCUGAUGCCUUUUUUCCCUACCUGAUUAUGUCGAGAUCUUUCUUGCAGCUUUGGUUGUAUAGAAGAUUUUAUACCAGUUCCCAGUUGGUUUUCUGUGGCAGUUGUUCCACACGUAUUUUUGAUGUGUUUGUGGGGGGAGGGGAGCUCCACGUCCUUCUAUUCCAUCACCUUGACCCCCCCUCCUUAUUUCAGUCUAAAUCACAAGUACUUACUAACGAGUCACACACACUGUUGGACACUGUGCAGCUUAUCAUGCCUUGGAAUCAGAUUGGAGAUCACUCCUUUCAUUUUCUGUUCCACACUGAGUUUCAUACAAUACUUGCUUUUUAUCAUGGCUGUGGAAAACCCAGCCCCACAAAGAUCUAAGGUCAUUGAUAGGAUUGUAGUGGAAUCAUACAUUCAAGUAUGAACAGUUUUAUAUCAUGUGGUACUUCGCUGUUUACUGUCUUUAAAUUUUUAAAUAUCCUGGGUUACCCCUUUGAGCUCACUUGCCCUGGGACACCUUGGCACACAGUUUGGGAAAUACUAGUUUAAGUGUAUUUAAAUAGAAGAAAUUUAAUAUGGAGUUGACGCUGGUGAUAAAAGAGAUGAGAAACCCAGUGGACAGUGAGGCAACUCAGAUAUGAACAAUCACGGGAAGCCAGGACCACUCCCAUAGCUGCAGGAUUGACAGGAAGAGUAGCAUUAUGGGGAUGCAGAAGCUAAGGUUGCAUGUUGGAAGCUGGACCAGUGGAGAUGCAGCUGCCGUCGGAGACAUCUCAGGAUGGGGAGAGAAAGGGGAGAAAGUAUCCUGGUUUCUUCCUUCUUCCUGCCCCAGUCUUCCCACUAGUGACUUCCAUUGGGCAAAUCUGCUUAGAAGCCAGAGAGCAAGGGAACCUGGGAAAUGUAGUCCCUUAUGGUACAGAGUAUGGUGAGGGGAAUGGAUCUCAGCAGUUGACCAGCACUGCAAAAUGUAGUGUAUACACUUUGUUCUUUCAGUAAUCCCUUUAACAAAUACUAAUUGAGGAUCUCCUAGGUGCCAGGUAUCAUGCUAGGUGUCAUAAUGAGUAAAACAGACCAGAUGACUGCUCAAAAGGGGAUCAAAGACCAACACAGGAGAACGAAAACAAACACAGAACUAUCUGAUUAUAAGGUGUGUUUCGUGCAAUGAAGGAAAACAUCACAGUGCUGUGAGACGGUAGUGAUUUAAAGGAAAGGGGCAACCUCCCACCAUUUUAAGUCUAGUUAAUUGACUCUUGAUGUGUGUGUAGAAAAGUUGUGUUCAGGAAAGGACAGUAUAUUUAGAAAAAUGUUAUAUCAACUCAUUCAUCCUUUGACUUAACAACUGCAUUGUAGGACUUUAUUAUCUCAAAGCUGUGUGUGAUUGUGUGUGUGUGUGUGUGAGAGAGAGAGAGAGCCAGAGAGAGAACAGUGUAAAGGAAGAUUCCGUUAGAGAAACACUGUAAAGAGCCAGAGGGCUCACAACAGCUAAUCCCCAUCAUGCUUUCCAGGCCCCACCCCGCUUCCUUCUCAUCAUAACUUGUGAUCUUAGAGGCAUGAAAGAAUUUGAGCCCCUCCCCCAGCCUGACCACCUCUGUGGGCUGCCCAGCCAGGCUCCAUGUCAGAUGCCAGCUGCGAGCACAAACCCCAGGGCCACGCAGGAGGCGGCAGGCUUGCAGGCAGGUUCCUCACCCAGUGGCCAUGGACGAGAGCAGCGGGCAGCCUGACGUCCACACCUAUAAAUCCCUAGCCGAGGAUGGCCCUUUCUGCUCUGUGGAGCCGCCCAAAAGACCCACGGGGAGUCUGGUCAUGCACAGCAUGGCCAUGUUCGGCCGGGAGUUUUGCUAUGCGGUGGAGGCGGCCUACGUGACCCCAGUCCUGCUCAGUGUGGGCCUGCCCAAGAGUCUGUACAGCGUGGUGUGGCUCCUCAGCCCCGUCCUGGGGUUCCUGCUGCAGCCGGUGGUGGGAUCGGCCAGCGACCACUGCCGGGCCCGGUGGGGCCGGCGGAGACCCUACAUCCUCGCUCUGGGUGUCAUGAUGCUCUUGGGCAUGGCUCUGUACCUCAACGGGGACACUAUCAUAUCAGCUUUGAUUGCUGACCCAAGGAGGAAGCCGAUUUGGGCCAUAAGCAUCACCAUGACAGGUGUGGUUCUUUUUGAUUUUGCUGCUGACUUCAUUGAUGGGCCCAUCAAAGCCUACUUAUUUGAUGUCUGCACCCAUCAGGACAAGGAGAGGGGCCUCCACUAUCAUGCCCUCUUCACAGGUUUGGGCGGUGCCCUGGGUUACCUUUUGGGUGCCAUCGACUGGGCCCAUCUGGAACUGGGAAGAUUGCUGGGCACAGAAUUCCAGGUCAUGUUCUUCUUCUCCUCCUUGGUGCUCACUUUGUGUUUUAUUAUCCAUCUGUGCAGUAUCCCCGAAGCCCCACUUAGAGAUACUGCAAAGGACACUCCCCCACGGCAAGCCCCCCAGGACCCUGCAUCGUCAUCAGACAGGAUGUACGAGUAUGGGUCUAUUGAGAAAGUUAAAAAUAGUUAUGUAAACCCAGAGCUGGCGCUGCAGGGAGGAAAAACCAAAAAUCCUCCUGCUGAACAGACUCAGAGGACAAUGACCAUAAAGUCACUGCUGAGGGCACUGAUGAGCAUGCCUGCCCACUACCGCUGCCUUUGCAUCAGUCACCUCAUUGGAUGGACUGCCUUCCUGUCCAACAUGCUCUUCUUCACAGACUUCAUGGGCCAGAUUGUGUACCAUGGGGACCCCUACAGUGCACACAACUCUACAGAGUUCCUCAUCUACCAAAGAGGGGUCGAGGUUGGGUGUUGGGGCUUGUGCAUCAACUCCGUGUUUUCCUCACUUUACUCUUACUUUCAGAAAGCUUUGGUUCCCUACGUCGGAUUAAAGGGUCUUUACUUCAUGGGGUAUUUGCUGUUUGGCCUGGGGACGGGAUUUAUCGGGCUCUUCCCAAAUGUCUACUCCACCCUGGUCAUGUGCACCUCGUUUGGCGUGAUGUCCAGCACCCUGUACACCGUGCCCUUUAACCUCAUUGCCAUGUACCACCGCGAGGAGCAGGAGGAGCAGAGGCAGCAGGCCCAGGGCGGGGGCCUGGACAGCAGCCGGAGGGGGCAGGGCCUGGACUGCGCUGCCCUCACCUGCAUGGUGCAGCUGGCACAGAUCCUGGUCGGAGGCGGCCUGGGCUUUCUGGUCAACGUGGUCGGGAGCGUCGUCGUCGUGGUGAUCACGGCCUCUGCGGCGGCACUGAUCGGCUGUUGCUUUGUGGCUCUCUUUGUUAGAUAUAUAGAUUAGGUCAAUAAAGAGACCUCAUCCC